AUGAAGCUACUGACUGUGUCUGCACUUCUUUGUGCGAUGAUGGCUAUGUCCACUGAUGCUGUAUGUAGUCACAGGGGCUGUCCUUAUGGUUGGACUCGGAUCUAUCGCCGCUGCUUUCUCUUUGUUCCAAGAGCCAUGAAUUGGGCUGCAGCUGAGAGAAACUGCCUGUCCAUGGGAGGAAACCUUGCAUCUGUGCACAGCAGCAGAGAGUAUCAUCUGAUUCAGAGGCUGACUGCCCGUUAUGGCAAAGGCGUAACUUGGAUUGGAGGAACUGAUGCAUCUGGGGAGGCUGUUUGGUUGUGGAGUGAUGGGAGCCGUUUCCGCUAUAGACACUGGUGCCGAGGAGAGCCAAAUAAUGGCAGGGGCAGGCAGCACUGUCUGCAGAUAAAUUAUAGCGGUUCCAAGUGUUGGGAUGAUCAGUACUGUCACGUUCGUCGGCCAUCAAUCUGUGCCAGGAAAAUAUUUACGUGCCGGGGCUGA